AUGAUAUUAAUAUCUAUUCUAAAAAUUUUGAAGAACAUCUAACCCACUUGGAAGAGGUCUUUUAUCGAUUAAACUCUGCUGGCCUUAGACUAAAACCUACUAAGUAUCAUUUCAUGAAGCAAAAAUUAAAAUUUUUAGAUCAU